AUGUAUGCUGUGGUGGAUGAUAAGAGAGAUGGGUGGGCGUUCGAGGCGAGUGUCGGCUGGCUUUUCAGAUUCCUCCGGCGCAACAACUUUUUUCUUCGGAGGAAAACAACUGUUGCUCAGAAAGAUGCUCCUAUUUAUAAGAUUGUAAACUUGGUCAUCUACUACAGCCGGCAGAUACAGAGCAAGAAGAUCACCGCGAAGAAUAUCAUCGCCAUGGACAAAACUGCCUGGUUUGACAUGGUGGGUGACAGUACAGUUGAUGCAAGAGACCCCCACUCCGUCUCGCUUAAGACAACUGGCCACGAGAAAGCUCGCAUUACGGUGGCCCUGGCAGCCAAAGCUGAUGGGACAAAACUGAAGGCUUUCGUUGUUUUCAAGGGGGCUGUCCGCGAUGCAAAAGCUAUUCAGAACAUUCCAGGAGCUGUGAUAACUUCCUCCAAGAAUGGGUGGUUCAACAACGACCUGACAAAGGAAUGGCUCCAGAAGGUGGUGGGAAAAUUUCACUUGGGAGCCCAGCUGCUCGCAUGGGACGCGUACCACUGUCAUAUCAGCAUGGCCACGCAGGCAGAGCUGAAGAGGGGGUAUGGCGUUAGUAUGGCUGUGAUACCUUGAGGUUGUACCAAGUACAUUCAGGCCCCCCCACGUAGUGUGGAAUGCGCCCUUCAAAGCCCACCUCCAUGACUCCACUACCUGGAUGGCAGGUGACACAGAUAAGACUUACACCAAGUCAGGGAACCUAAGAGCCCCUUCUUGCCGAUUACUGAUCGACUGGGUCUUAAAAGCCUGGAAUGCCCUGAAUCGGGACACUGUGAUCAACUCAUUUAAGGUAGCAAUAAAAAACACCAUUUGUGUGUGUGUGUGUGAGAGAGAGAGAGAGAGAGAGAGAGAGUGCUAGUGAGUGAUAGAGAGGGAGUGGUGUAUGCACACGGUAGCCACUGCCUGAUUUUUUUCUUUUGUUUCGUUCUUUUUCUUCGUUGUCCUCUAAGGUGUGUGGGCUGACUGUAGCAGCUGAUGGGAGAGAGGACCACCUCAUUCAUUGCUUCAAGGAGGGGCAGCCAUGCCAGGCAGGCAGGGAGCUGCUUGUGAGGGCUGGGGGGGGAGGGGGGGGGGGGGGGGGGCUGCUGAGGCUUUUGAGGAAGAGCAUGAGAGCGAUGAGGAACAGGAGUUCCAAAACGAACUUGUGAUUGAAGACGAGAGCAGAGGAGUUGGGAGGCGAGGAGGAGGAUGA